AUGCAAUACCUUUUCCCAAUCCUCGGCGCCCUCGCGGCAACAGCGGCCGCAUUGAACACGAUCGAGGUGAACAGGCAGGAGUUUGUGGAUUCGAAGACAGGAGAGCGGUUCAUGCUGCUUGGGGUGGACUAUCAACCAGGUGGACAAGACGCAUACGGGACUGGGAAUGGCGACCCUCUCAGCAACCCCAAGGCCUGCCUGCGAGACGCAGCUCUCAUGCAAGAUAUGGGUGUGAACACGAUACGAUGCUACAACGUGGACCCGACACUCAACCACGACGAAUGCGUGUCCAUCUUCAACACCGUCGGAAUUUACAUGGUCAUCGAUGUCAACUCACCUCUGGCCGGCCAGUCCAUCGAUCGCUCGGAUCCGUCUAGCUCGUAUAACAGCGACUACUUGACACACAUCUUCAGCGUCGUGGAGGCCUUCAAGAACUACCCGAACGUUCUCGGCUUCUUCGCAGGCAACGAGAUCAUCAACGAUGUCCCCACCGCGAAGGACAAUCCUGAGUACAUUCGCGCCGUACAGCGUGACCUUAAGAACUACAUCAAGAACAAUGCACCGCGCACCAUUCCAGUCGGCUACAGCGCGGCGGAUGUACGUGAUGUGCUUGUAGAUACCUGGGCCUACCUGCAGUGCCAGAUCGGCAGCGGCGAGGACAUGUCCCGAUCCGACUUCUUUGGCCUGAACUCGUACUCCUGGUGCGGCGACGAAUCCACCUUUCAAACCGCCGGCUACGACGUCCUUGUCGAAACCUUCGGCAACACCACCAUCCCCGUCUUCUUCUCCGAAUACGGCUGCAACGACCCACAGCCCCGGUACUUCGACGAAGUCCCUGCCCUCUACGGCCCGCAGAUGACCACCCUCUCCGGCGGCCUCGUCUACGAAUGGUCCCAAGAGCCCUCCGACUACGGCCUCAUCUCCAUCAACUCUAACGGCUCCGCCGAGCUCCUUGCCGACUUCAACACCCUUCAAACGAAGUAUGACACCCUAGACAUCAGCCUCCUGCAACACGAGAACACCACAGCCACCUCACUGCAGCCUCCACAGUGUGAUUCCAGCCUCAUCAGCGCCGACGGCUUCAGCACCAACUUCGACAUCCCUGAGUGCCCGCAAGGCGGCGAAGCGCUGAUCCAGAACGGCAUCCGCAACCCGCCGUCCGGCAAGAUCGUGCAAGUGCGCUCGACGGUCGUUCAGUUGCCCGUGUACCAGACCAACGGCGCUCAGAUCAAGAACCUGCAGAUCACGCCUGGAGCCACUGCGGCCAACUUUCCUGGCAAAGUGAAGGGUUUUGCUACGGCGACUGGAGGGAACUCGCAGCCGAGCGGGAGUGGCUCUGGCUCUGGCUCUGGCUCUGGCUCUGGCUCUGGCUCUGGGGCAUCGAGUUCUUCGACGUCGACCGGCGCGGCCGCGGGGCCUACGUUGGCGGUGUAUGGGAAUGCGGUUGCUGCGGCUGCGUUUGGUGUUGUUGCGUUUGCGCUGUAG